CAAAGCUAUUCAAGGCAUUAGAAAUACAACUCCUCCCUCCAGUGCCCCAUGUGUGUGAGCAGCUCAGGCUUUCUGCUUCAGCACACUGCCAUUUGAUCACUGGGCUGACAGUCACGACUCUGUUCUACACCUUCAGGCUUCACAGAGAAAAGGAGGACCAAGAAAAACACAGAAAUAGGCACAUAACUGACCUACAGAGCCAUCAAUAACUUAAUUCCCUUGCAGCAGAAUUACAUAGGGGAAAGAGAGGAAAAGAGGGGAGGAGGAAAAGGAGGAGGAGGAGAAGAAAAAAAAAAUCCAGAGAAUUCUAGCCUUGCAAAUAUAGUCAAAUUGAGAAUGAGAGGAGUUCAUUUGCUCUAGAAGAACAGGGAAGAAAGAACAGAUUAAAUAAACAAAACAGGAGAAGAUUGUAGCUCCCUUCACGAUAGCAGCAGUAUUAUUACAGAAGUAAAAUGAUUCCUCCGUGCAGCACUACUGAAGUCAGCGUGGAUAGCGUGGAGAAAGAGAAUGAACUGGAGAAUACAGAUCAGCCCCCCUCUCCAGCAUCUACUACCAGCCAGGAAUCAAAGCUGCAGAAACUGAAGCGAUCACUUUCUUUCAAGACCAAAAGUUUACGGAGCAAGAGUGCAGACAACUUCUUUCAGAGGACUAACAGUGAUGUGAAGUUGCAAGUGGAUUUGCCGCCUGAGGUGAGCACCAGCACUGGCCAGCUCCCCAGCUCAGAGAACCAGACCUCCACCCCUACCAAAGUCCAACAGCAGGCAGAAAACAACAAGGCUCACGUUUUUCAGGAGCACAUCUUCAAAAAACCCACAUUUUGUGAUGUAUGCAACCACAUGAUUGUUGGGACAAAUGCUAAACAUGGACUGCGCUGUAAGGCUUGUAAGAUGAGUAUCCAUCACAAGUGCACAGACAGUAUUGGACAACAACGUUGCAUGGGCAAACUGCCAAAGGGAUUUCGACGCUACUACAGUUCCCCACUGCUCAUUCAUGAACAGUUUGGCUGUAUCAAAGAAGUGAUGCCUAUUGCCUGUGGCAAUAAGGUUGACCCUGUCUAUGAAACCCUCCGCUUUGGAACUUCUUUGGCGCAGAAAACCAAGAAGGGCAGCUCUGGAAGUGGAUCUGACUCACCCAAGAGGAAUUCUACUUCAGACCUGGCAGAAGUUCCUGAGGAAACGGAUGGCUCAGGAGGCACAUUUGACAUAAACAGGAGACGCAGCAACAGUGUGUUUACAUACUCAGAAAAUGGCACAGAACACUUUGGAGAAGAACCAAAAAGAACAAACUCCCCAGUACAGGGACCGCUUUUCAAAAACAUGUUACAAAUGAACACCUACGUUGCCUUGUACAAAUUUGUACCACAAGAGAACGAAGACUUGGAGAUGAGACCGGGUGAUAUGAUCACACUUUUGGAGGACUCUAAUGAAGACUGGUGGAAGGGGAAAAUUGAGGACCGAACUGGAUUUUUCCCUGCUAAUUUUGUUCAGAGAGUGCAACGAGAUGAAAGGAUUUACAAGUGUGUCCGAACAUUUAUUGGAUGCAAGGAACAGGGACAGAUAACACUGAAAGAAAACCAAAUCUGUGUGACAUCUGAAAAGGAGCAUGAUGGCUUUAUCAAAGUGUACAGCGGGAAGAAGAAAGGCUUCGUCCCCAUAGACGUCCUAGAAAACAUCUGAUUUCAACAUUCCACUUGCAGCAGUAGGAGAGCUUUGUUGGCAAUGCCUGUCUCCCUCAUCUCACACUGUGUCAACCCAGAUGGGCUGUCUUGCAGAUGUUCAGGGAAUAAUGAGACAACUGCAACAACAAUGAAAAGACAUUUAGACUGUUAAAGUAACAACAAGAUUUUAUUUUAAAAAAUAAAAUAAAAAGAGGGUUGAUUCAAAGAAUAUGUAUCAGGAAACCUCCAAGGGGGAAAAGGGAUCAGGGAAGCUAAAAGGAAUAAGGUAAGACGUGUUUGGCCUUAGCUGAUUUUCAGGGCAAGACAGUUAUUAAUACCCUGAUGGAGACAGACAGCCGUUCUGAAGGACUAAACUUGCAUCCUGUCCUUGUCUCCUAAGAAACCUGUUGAACUGUAUUGUUGUUUGAUGUGUGAGUGGAAAAAAGAAAAGGUCCUUGUACUGCAGUCUGAUGCUUGUUAGUAAAGUGUGGCUCUAGAGUUUUGUCCACAGUAUUAGCCACAAUCAGUACAGCGUUUAAUCCAGAUGUUUAGUCUCAUAACAAAGCAGUUUGGAGACAUUGUGUAAAUGUCAAUCUGAGAAGUGCACUUUGGUCUGGACAGCGACGGCUUUCUCUUUCUCUGUGACUGCAACACAUGAAAGAGCAGCCACCUUACAUGUCCCUUGUUUUUUGUCUGUAUACGAACAAAACUGUCAACACAUGUUGGAUGUAAUGACUGUUGUGUUACCUGAUAGACUUAGCUGAGUUCCUCCUCUUCAGAAUGUCUGACUGGACGUAUUCCUCCAAGUUCCCUGCUCCUUUAUCUAAGGAUAGAAGAAGUGACAAAAUGCUCAGAGCUGGGUGAGAGCCACAUGCUUGAGAAGUUUUAUAUUUUUCUGGUGUUUCUUACAUUUGGAAAGAUUUUAUAUCUCAAUCCUAUUAAUAAUAAAGGAAGAUGGUCAGUUAAGCCCUGCUAAGAGUGAAACUGAUAGUGACUAACAUGUUGUAAGUGAAUGUAUAGCUCAGAGCGAGUGAGAGAACUGGAUUGUCUUCUAAUUGCGCUUAAUCCUGCCAUUGACUAGAUAGCAGCACUUAGGGUUCAGCUGUAUGUACACUAAGCCAAAUUCUGCCUAGAUGAAAUCUCCCAUGCUUAAGUCCAAUGAAGUUGCAGAAAUGCCCAUUAAGAAAGUGCUUGGGUGACAGUCUGUAUCACGUUGUCUCCAACCUUGAAAAAUUCUGCUGAAGGGUGCAGAAUGAACCCCUUGUGCCCAAGCAAAACCCAUUAGUUUUAGUGGGUCUCUUUAAAAACAUACGGUUCUCCAAUGCAAAUCACAUCAUAACAUCAAGGUCUUAGCACUCCCCAGACUACAUGGAAGCAAGAUUUUCAUUUGAGCUUUGCAGGUGGCCACUGUGUCUAAAAUAGGCUGAAUCACAAAGGCCUAUGUCUCAACAUCAAGAAAGUUUGCAUCUGGAGCCCUAGGCCCUAGUCUGGCAUGUCAGAUGGCCCUGCUCUGGCAUGUGGGUUGAAAUCCUAAGCCCCUGCAGAGGCUUCCUGAGGCCUGUAUGCUUCUAGACAGACUCAAGGGUCCACACAGCAGAUCUGUCUGUGAGAUAAAAGCCACACAUUGCGAGCUCUCAUCUGUUUCUCAUUAACAAGUAAGAGUUAGGGGUAUCAACUGCUGAAUCCUUCUCUUUACAGUUUAUGUCGUUUAUACUGAUUGCGAGCAUCCCUUUGUCCAACCAAAACCAUCCUAGCGCAUAACAUGUUUAGUGGGAUUGCCAGAGAUUUAUUUAUAAAUGGUCUUUUUCUUUCACUCAGCUCGCUUUGCAAGGUAACCAAUGGGGAAGCAAAGGAAACAUACGCCUUAGAGAUCAAAAAAAAAGAAGCAUUAGAAGUGUCAUUACUCUACCCUACUUUAUAAUAUUUUUAUUUCAUAGUAACCAAUCCAAAUAAUACUUUAAUAAAAACACCUCUCAAAUGCUUGUUAUAACAAAAAUAUUUGCUACUUGGGCCUGGCCUGUUAAACCUGAACUGUAUUACUCUAUACAUGUGUGCUACUGUUUACAUAAUUGCAUCAUACUGUGAUUCCCCUCGUACUGCAAUCUCUUCCUAUGAUUUCAGUUUCUCCAUAAAACAUACAUCAUACUACUCAAAGGAUGAUAUGAAUAGUAACUACAAUUCACAAUGGCCUUUAAUCAAUGUCAGUUUGAUUCUUUUGAUACCAAGCAAUAAAUAAUAAAGUGACUGAAAAAAGCCUAAGUGGAUUAUGUCAUGUUCAAGCAAACAUUGCUUCUGAACCAAAGCUUUCAUGGUUACUUUUACCUUUCAGUUUGGUUUGAUUUGGUUGGCUUUGCUUUUUGGUCAUUGUUUGAUGUGGAAAACAGUAUUUUGUCCCUAUUUUAACACAAUGCUUAUGCACAUGCCUGACUUGAAACACACUCUGUUGGCUGCUGAUAUGCUUAAAGGUAGGCAUGUGUUUAAGCACUCAGCUUAAAGAAAUAAAGGUCUUGAUUCAGCAAUUUUGGAUGCCUUAUUCUGAAUCCAAAUUAAUGUUCCAUAGUUUUUUUUUCUACCAUUUGCAAUUCACAAUAACUGUUGCAUUAAUAAUUGGAUAAAAAUCAGGCAAAGAGUAGGACUGGACUUUAUCUAAUACUUGCUCAGAAAAAUUGAAUUUUAGGAGAUAAAUGUUGUUCACAUCUAAUUUAAUGUUCUGCUUAAUAAAGAACAUGCAAUGGUUGGAAGGAGAAUGGAAAUAUAUGCAUCUUGACCUCUUCUUUGCAUUGGAUAGUUUAUCACUUUACAUUAUUCAUCAUUUGGAGCACUUACUACAGUCAUCAGCAGGCAAAACUAUUCAAUGGUUUAUCUGAAUUACUCCUGCAUCCCUGAGGAUUUCUGUGCUGAAACAUUCCCCAAAUAGUUCUUCUAUAAAACAUAUAGCACAUAUAGAACAUGUGAUGCUACUGUGUGUAAUAAAGGUUUUAUCGAUACGCAUUUGGUAUGAGCUGCACAAAUUGCAGUCAACUGCCAUUCAUGAACAGUACAGUAUCUUAGAUAUAUAGCAGUAAUGCCUUUAUACCAUACAUUCUUCGGUGGCCUCCUGUCACAAUAUGAUCUACAACUCAUGAUUAACCUAUGCUACUCAUUGUCACAGGAUGUCAUUGAGGUCAAGAAUUUGGCCAGAUUACCAGAGAAGUUGUAUAUUUCUAUGGAUAACAAAAAUAGAUAGAAUUAUAAUAAAACUUUUAAAAAGA